GUGCAACGUCAAACAGCUCAGCGAGAGCAGAGUCCCCCCUUAACUGAGCGACAAGUUAUAAUUACUAUUAUUUACUUUCUAUUAGAUACAUUUCUUGACACAAGUAACACCUUCAGUGCUGAAGCAGCAUUAAGCUGUCUAGUCAGAAAAGUGUCUCCAGAGGAUUUCAAUUUUUUUGGUUUGUUUGCGAGUUCCUUUCAGGCCAGCUACAGACAGCGAGAGCAAGAUCCACUAAACCAAAGCAGCUGUUCUAUUUCUAUCCCACCCCACUCUAAAAGGUAGAGGACUUGGGUUCAGGGUAAUUUCUGCUCACACCUGUUGAAACCAGACCCACAGCUGCACCAGUCGCCCAAGGUGAGUUACCUCCGUACCUGAUCAUACAUUUAUUUAUCUUAAACUCGCUUCAAUUUCAGUUAUUUUCUCCCUUGUGGGGGUCCACAUGGGUUUGGAUAUUGCAUGUAUGGCUACUUGAGCUCUUGACCUUUCUCACACCCCUUCCAACUUCUUCACCCAACUCUCUCAUUUCCUUUCAACAUUGGGACCAGCCACUCUGACUGGGACUUCAAAACCAUUGUUUAAACUCCGCUGCAAUUACCAGACAUGUGUGAGCAGUCAAGUGAGGCCCAACGGCCACCUAGACAGGAAGUACAAUGAUAGACUACAUGGAAGGCAAUUAUUUACACUAAGUUUCGCUCUAGCUCACCUAAUGCUUCAUUAAUUUUUUGAUGAGACUGUAUAUCGAUGCUGAUGCUCUUGAGAGUUUAUAAGAGUGACUGUUAACAUAGUUACUCGAGUAUCUCCAAAGAGUAGCAUUGUCCUGUACUCCUGUUACUAUAGUUACGUAAGUUUGUCUCACUGUUUGUGUCUGAGGUAUAAUGUGAAGGAUGCAGCCAGGCCGUGGUGGGUUACGUGGUUUUUAGCUUAGUGACUCUCUGACAAAACUCUGUCUCAGACUGAACCGGAAGCUGACAACCUGCCUGAAAACCUCAAGUGCUACUUUUAUGGGGUUUGGUUUGGGUGAUGAGUUGAGUCAGCUUCCGCUGUAAACAUACCUUGUAUGGUAAAGACAGACUGACUUUACAGGAAAACUUGCUUUGCUCUGUCUAUCUUGUUACAGUGAAAACCAUGUAUAAGCCAGGUGUAUACUAUGCUACUGUAGCACAUCAAGAUCUUGACGGUAAGGUGACUUUAUGUUCUUCUGUUGAUUUGAAAUUUGAUGUCAAUUAGGGUGGCUGGGGAGGGAGAUUUUAUAAUGGACGUUUUUGAAAUAAUUUGUAUUUUUGACAGUUACAUAUACAAAAGUAUGUGGACACUCCUUCAAAUUAGUGGAUUCGGCUAUUUCAGCCACACUCGUUGCUGACAGGUGUAUAAAAUCGAGCACACAGCCAUGCAAUCUCCAUAGACAAACAUUGGCAGUAGAAUGGCCUUACUGAAGAGCUCAGUGACUUUCAACGUGGCACCGCCAUAGGAUGCCACCUUUCCAACAAGUCAGUUCAUCAAAUUUCUGGCCUGUUGGACUGCCCCGGUCAACUGUAGUACUAUUAUUGUGAAGUGAAAACGUCUAGGAGCAACAACGGCUCAGUCGUGAAGUGGUAGGCCCCUCAAGCUCACAGAACGGGGCUGCCGAGUGCUGAAGCGCGAAGCGCGUAAAAAUCGUUUGUACUCGGUUGCAACACUCACUACCGAGUUCCAAACUGCAUCUGGAAGCAACGUCAGCGCAAGAACUGCUCGUCGGGAGCUUCAUGAAAUGGGUUACCAUGGCCGAGCAGCCGCACACAAGCAUAAGAUCACCAUGCGCAAUGCCAAGUGUCGGCUGGAGUGGUGUAAAGCUCGCUGCCAUUGGACUCUGGAGCAGUUGAAACGCCUUCUCUGGAGUGAUGAAUCAUGCUUCACUAUCUGGCAGUCCGACGGACGAAUCUGGGUUUGCCAGACGCCAGGAGAACGCUACCUGCCUGAAUGCAUAGUGCCAACUGUAAGGUUUGGUGGAGGAGGAAUAAUGGUCUGGGGCAGUUUGGGGAAGGCCCUUUCCUGUUUCAGCAUGACAAUGCCCCCGUUCACAAAGCGAGGUCCAUACAGAAAUGGUUUGUCGAGAUCGGUGUGGAAGAACUGGCCUGCACAGAGCACUGACCUCAACCCCAUCGAACACCUUUGGGAUGAAUUGGAAUGCCGACUGCGAGACAGGCCUAAUUGCACAAAAUCAGUGCCCGACCUCACUAAUGCUCCUGUGGCUGAAUGGAAGCAACUCCCCGCAGCAAUGUUCCAACAACUAGUGGAAAGCCUUCCCAGAAGAGUGAAGGCUGUUAUAGCAGCAACGGGGGGACCAACUCCAUAUUAAUGGCCAUGAUUUUGGAAUUAGAUGUUCGACAAGCAGGUGUUCACAUACUUUUGGUCAUGUAGUGUAUCUUGCAUAGAAGUUUUCAUUUUGAUUACAUCUAUUUCUUUCAUCAUGUUUGGAAUGAAUCAGUACCUUGAGUUUGGCCUCUAAAUAUACUCUUUAAAUGGAAAAAGAAUAAAGUAACCACUUAAUGCUGACUACUGAAAAGGUGUAUGCCUUGUGAAUUAUAUGGGCCAUGCAUUUGAUUUGAAAAGAAAAGCACUUAUUUAUUUAUUUGUUAUUUAUUUUUAAGAACAGCACAUUAGGCUGCACUGCACGGUUUAUUUUCAGCUGACUUGAAAAAGGAGUACACUAAUGGUAUCAAUGAGAGGAAAAUUGCUUGUUUACUUGAGGAUCUCACACAGAUGCACCAUUCAUAACUGCACAAAGGUUUCAUAUUAUUAUGAACUUCAAGGAUGCCCAACCCACAUUGGCUUAUAAGACACUAUUUUCUGUAGCAAAAUACAAUUAUCAUAUCAUUUUUAUUUACAUAAUCAUAUAAAGUACAGUGAAAAAAAACUGCUGGUCAUUCUCGACCUCUCCUAAAUCGAAUACAGUACAUAGCGGCUCUUCUUCAUCUAUGUCAUUAAACCCACCUAUUUUAAUUGCCAAAGGCAGUAUCCUGGUUCUCAACUCUGCACACAAGGACCUUUGAUUUUCUUGUUUCCUUCUGACCCCAAAUGGAGUGGGAAACAAUCCAGUCUUCAGCUUAUUUACCUGUACACAGGCAACUGGAGCAUUAUAUAAGGCUUUAAUUGUAUCAUAGAAUUCAGGAGUCUAUAUUGUAUAUUGUAUUGCAUUGCAACCUGGCAAGUGUUUUGUGCAAAUGGGGGUCAUGAUGAAAAGUUUAUUCAUAAAAAAUUUAAACUGGAGAACAUAUUAACAAAAAUGCAGCCAUUUUCCAUUAGUAUGUUUAAUUUUUUGAAUCUAAAAUAUAAACAGGAAUCUUUUUCUUAUUUAUUUUAUUUUCAUGACCAUUGCAGAAUAAAUUCCUCACCUUCUCUGGUCUUGAUGGGUUCAUAUUCCCGAAGUAGCCAUACAACAAAUUACCAUGCACAUCUCUAAUUGAAUUGGACCUAGUAGAAGUAAAUAGAUCAUCUAUAUGUAUUUCAAGUUUUGCAAUCCCAUAGGCAGCACAGUUUAUAAUAUACAGUCGGAUUUAAGGUGAAUGAACAGUUGAUCUUUUCAAUUGAAGUAGACCUACAGUAUGUAUGCAUGCUACUGUAAGUACUAGUGAUGGGGAAAAAAUCGAUAGGCCUACAGUUACAUAUCGGGAUAUUAUGUUUUUCAAUAUAUCAUAUCGACAAUAUCGUAAUAUUAUUUGUGAGCUAGUUGGCUGUACCUGUACCAAAACUCCAGUAUUUUUCCUUCAUAGCAUGUUCUCCAUCUUCUUUUUAAAUAGAGAGCCAAUUUGUUUUCAGAACUUUUAUUUCCAUGACUGAUCAAAACUCAUUUUCUCAUGCUCUCCUCGUCUCUCUGCUGAAGAUAUGUGGUGAGCAUUAUGUUUGGAACAUCGAAUCGCAAUACAUACAGAAUCUUGAGAAUCGCAAUACAUACAGUGAGGGAAAAAAGUAUUUGAUCCCCUGCUGAUUUUGUACGUUUGCCCACUGACAAAGACAUGAUCAGUCUAUAAUUUUAAUGGUAGGUUUAUUUGAACAGUGAGAGACAGAAUAACAACAAAAAAAUCCAGAAAAACGCAUGUCAAAAAUUUAUAAAUUGAUUUGCAUUUUAAUGAGGGAAAUAAGUAUUUGACCCCUCUGCAAAACAUGAUUUAUUACUUGGUGGCAAAACCUUUGUUGGCAAUCACAGAGGUCAGACGUUUCUUGUAGUUGGCCACCAGGUUUGCACACAUCUCAGGAGGGAUUUUGUUCCACUCCUCUUUGCAGAUCUUCUCCAAGUCAUUAAGGUUUCGAGGCUGACUUUUGGCAACUCGAAUCUUCAGCUCCCUCCACAGAUUUUCUAUGGGAUUAAGGUCUGGAGACUGGCUAGGUCAUUGUCAUGCUUUGGGUCAUUGUCAUGUAGUGUCAUUGUCAUGUUGGAAUACCCAUCCACGACCCAUUUUCAAUGCCUUGGCUGAGGGAAGGAGGUUCUCACCCAAGAUUUGACGGUACAUGGCCCCGUCCAUCAUGUGGUCCUCUGUAGCUCAACUGGUAGAGCACGGCGCUUGUAACGCCAAGGUAGUGGGUUCGAUCCCCGGGACCACCCAUACACAUAAAUGUAUGCACGCAUGACUGUAAGUCGCUUUGGAUAAAAGCAUCUGCUAAAUGGCAUAUUAUUAUUAUUAUUAUCCCUUUGAUGCAGUGAAGUUGUCCUGUCCCCUUAGCAGAAAAACACCCCCAAAGCAUAAUGUUUCCACCUCCAUCUUUGACGGUGGGGAUGGUGUUCUUGGGGUCAUAGGCAGCAUUCCUCCUCCUUCAAACACGGCGAGUUGAGUUGAUGCCAAAGAGCUCGAUUUUGGUCUCAUCUGACCACAACACUUUCACCCAGUUCUCCUCUGAAUCAUUCAGAUGUUCAUCAACUUCAGACGGGCCUGUAAAUGUGCUUUCUUGAGCAGGGGGACCUUGCAGGCGCUGCAGGAUUUCAGUCCUUCACAGCGUAGUGUGUUACCAAUUGUUUUCUUGGUGACUAUGGUCCCAGCUGCCUUGAGAUCAUUGACAAGAUGAUUCCUCACCGUUCUCAUGAUCAUUGCAACUUCACGAGGUGAGAUCUUGCAUGGAGCCCCAGGCCGAGGGGGAUUGACAGGUAUUUUGUGUUUCUUCCAUUUGCGAAUAAUCGCACCAACUGUUGUCACCUUCUCACCAAGCUGCUUGGCGAUGGUCUUGUAGCCCAUUCCAGCCUUGUGUAGGUCUACAAUCUUGUCCCUCACAUCCUUGGAGAGCUCUUUGGUCUUGGCCAUGGUGGAGAGUUUGGAAUCUGAUUGAUUGAUUUUUUUUGUUGGCACAAAACUACCUCCAUACCUUCCAUUCAUUUGUAUGGGUUAGCUUCAAAUGAGUCCGUGACAUUUGUGGGGGUCGUAGAGCAAAACAGAGAACAACAUCGUGAGUGUCUCCCCUUUCCAUAGCAGGGUCAUAUUAGUUUGUAGGUUCGGACACUACAGAUGUUUUCAUGAGAAUACAGAUUUUCGGGAUGUCUCCUGGUCUGACAAACAAUGCUGUAGCUCUGCCACUUUCCACUGCAGAUGCGGAAGGCCGACAUAGGCGGAUGCAGUGGAUUGAGCCCAUGCAAAAUAUCUAUAGCCUAAACUGAUUGAUUUUGAUUGUUUUUUUUUAAAUCAUGUUAAUUAGAUUGAUGCACGGGUGUGUCAAUAUACUCUUUUAAUGCAAAAAGGAAAUGAGUGGUUGGUCAGCUGGAUGGAUGGAUGGAUGGAUGGAUGGAUGGGUGGGUGAAUAACGCUAAUGUCUUGCAACUCAAAUGUUGUGUGUUCGAAUCUCAUCAUGGACAACUUUAGCAUUUUAGCUAAUCAGCAACUUUGCAACUACUUUUUAGCUACUUUGCAACUACUUAGCAUGUUAGCUAACCCUUCCCCUAACCUUAACCCUUUAACCUAACUCCUAACCUUAACCCUAACCACUAGCCUAGCUAACGUUAGCAUUAGCCACGUAGCUAACGUUAGCAACAACAAAUUGGAAUUUGUAACAUAUCAUACGUAUUGCAAAUUCGUAACAUAUUGUGCAUUUUUCUAAUUCAUUACGUAUUGUAUGAUUUGCAAUGGACAUCCACAAAUUAAUACAUACCAUUCGAAACGUAACAUAGAAUUCUAAAUGGAGGGUCUCAGAUUUACUUACAGAAUAUUACGAAAUGCUCUGAGACCAGGUUGCAUUUCGGCACCUAAGUAUCAUGAGGUCCCCCGGCAAUUCCCAGCCCUAGUAAGUAUUGUAAUACAUUUUAAAUAAUCAGUAGCCUGCCCUAUACAAUAUUUCAGAAUUUCACAUGCAGUCCAUCAAACACUGAACAAAAAUAUUAACACAACAUGUAAAAUGUUGGUCCCAUGUUUCAUGAGCUAUAAUAAAAGAUCCCAGAAAUGUUUUGACACAAAUUUGUUUACAUCCCUCUUAGUGAGCGUUUCUCCUUUGACAAGAUAAUCCAUCCACCUGACAGGUGUGACUUAUCAAGAAGCUGAUUAAAAAGCAUGAUCAUUACAAAGGUGCACCUUGUGCUGGGAACAAUAAAACACCACAAAAUUUGCAAUUUUGUCACACAACACAAUGCCACAGAUGUCUCAAGUGUUGAGGGAGAGUGCAAUUGGCAUGCUGACUGCAGGGAUGUCCACCAGAGCUGUUGCCAGAUAAUUAAAUGUUAAUUUCUCUACCAUAAGCUGCUUCCAACAUCAUUUUAGAGAAUUUGGCAGUACGUCCAACCGGCCUGAGACCAGCCACCGGGACACCUGAUGAAACUGUGGGUUCGCACAACCGAAUAAUUUUUGCACAAACUGUCAGAAACCGUCUCAGGGAAAGUCAUCUGCAUGCUCAUCGUCUUCACCAGGGUCUUGACCUGACUGCAGUUCGGUGUCGUCACCGACUUCAGUGGGCAAAUGCUCACCUUCGAUGGCUACUGGAGAAGUGUACCCUUCACGGAUUAAUCCCGGUUUCAACUGUACUGGGCAGAUGGCAGACAGCGUGUAUGGCGUUUUGUGGUGAGCGGUUUGCUGAUGUCAAUGUGAACAGAGUGCCCCAUGGUGGCAGUGGGGUUAUGAUAUGGGCAGGCAUAAGCUACAGACAACAAACACAAUUGCAUUUUAUCAAUGGCAAUUUGAAUGCACAGAGAUUCCUGUGACGAGAUCCUGAGGCCCAUUGUCAUGCCAUUCAUCCGCCACCAUCACCUCAUGCUUCAGCAUUUUUUAUUUUUUUAUUUCACCUUUAUUUAACCAGGUAAACCAGUUGAGAACAAGUUCUCAUUUACAACUGCGACCUGGCCAAGAUAAAGCAUAGCAGUGCGAUAAAAACAAACACAGAGUUACAUAUGGGGUAAAACAACACAAAGUCAAAAAUACAACAGAAAUACAUAUAAUAUACAGUGUGCAAAUUUAGCAAGUUAUGGAGGUAAGGCAAUAAAAUAGGCUAUAGUGCAAAAUAAUUACAAUUAGUAUUAACACUGGAAUGAUAGAUGUGCAAGAGAUGAUGUGCAAAUAGAGAUACUGGGGUGCAAAAGAGCAAAAUAGAUAACAAUAUAGGGAUGAGGUAGUUGGGUGGGCUAAUUUCAGAUGGGCUGUGUACAGGUGCAGUGAUCGGUAAGGUGCUCUGACAACUGAUGCUUAAAGUUAGUGAGGGAGAUAAGUGUCUCCAGCUUCAGAGAUUUUUGCAAUUUGUUCCAGUCAUUGGCAGCAGAGAACUGGAAGGAAUUGCGGCCAAAGGAGGUGUUGGCUUUGGGGAUGACCAGUGAGAUAUACCCGCUGGAGCGCAGACUACGGGUGGGUGUUGCUAUGGUGACCAAUGAGCUAAGAUAAGGCGGGGAUUUGCCUAGCAGUGAUUUAUAGAUGGCCUGGAGCCAGUGGGUUUGGCGACGAAUAUGUAGUGAGGACCAGCCAACAAGAGCGUACAGGUCACAGUGGUGGGUAUUAUAUGGGGCUUUGGAGACAAAACGGAUGGCACUGUGAUAGACUACAUCCAAUUUGCUGAGUAGAGUGUUGGAGGCUAUUUUGUAAAUGACAUCGCCGAAGUCAAGGAUCGGUAGGAUAGUCAGUUUUACGAGGGCAUGUUUGGCAGCAUGAGUGAAGGAGGCUUUGUUGCGAAAUAGGAAACCGAUUCUAGAUUUAACUUUGGAUUGGAGAUUCUUAAUGUGAGUCUGGAAGGAGAGUUUACAGUCUAACCAGACACCUAGAUAUUUGUAGUUGUCCACAUACUCUAGGUCAGACCCGUCGAGAGUAGUGAUUCUAGUCGGGUGGGCGGGUGCAAGCAGCGUUCGGUUGAAGAGCAUGCAUUUAGUUUUACUAGUGUUUAAGAGCAGUUGGAGGCUACUGAAGGAGUGUUGUAUGGAAUUGAAGCUCGUUUGGAGGUUUGUUAACACAGUGUCCAAUGAAGGGCCAGAUGUAUACAAAAUGGUGUCGUCUGCGUAGAGGUGGAUCUGAGAGUCACCAGCAGCAAGAGCGACGUCAUUGAUAUACACAGAGAAAAGAGUCGGCCCAAGAAUUGAACCCUGUGGCACCCCCAUAGAGACUGCCAUAGGUCCAGACAACAGGCCCUCCGAUUUGACACAUUGAACUCUAUCUGAGAAGUAGUUGGUGAACCAGGCGAGGCAGUCAUUUGAGAAACCAAGGCUAUUUAGUCUGCCAAUAAGAAUGCGGUGGUUGACAGAGUCGAAAGCCUUGGCCAGGUCAAUGAAAACGGCUGCACAGUACUGUCUAUUAUCGAUCGCGGUUAUAAUAUCGUUUAGGACCUUGAGCGUGGCUGAAGUGCACCCAUGACCAGCUCGGAAACCGGAUUGCAUAGCGGAGAAGGUACGGUGGGAUUCGAAAUGGUCGGUGAUCUGUUUGUUGACUUGGCUUUCAAAAACUUUUGAAAGGCAGGGCAGGAUGGAUAUGGGUCUGUAACAGUUUGGAUCUAGAGUGUCACCCCCUUUGAAGAGGGGGAUGACCGCGGCAGCUUUCCAAUCUCUGGGGAUCUCAGACGUUACGAAAGAGAGGUUGAACAGGCUAGUAAUAGGGGUUGCGACAAUUUCGGCGGCUAGUUUUAGAAAGAAAGGGUCCAGAUUGUCUAGCCCAGAUGAUUUGUAGGGGUCCAGAUUUUGCAGCUCUUUUAGAACAUCAGCUGUCUGGAUUUGUGUGAAGGAGAAGCGGGGGGGGCAUGGGCAAGUUGCAGCGGAGGGUGCAGAGCUGGUGGCCGGGGUAGUGGUAGCCAGGUGGAAAGCAUGGCCAGCCGUAGCAAAAUGCUUGUUGAAAUUCUCGAUUAUUGUAGAUUUAUCGGUGGUGAUAGUGUUUCCUAGCCUCAGUGCAGUGGGCAGCUGGGAGGAAGUGCUCUUAUUUUCCAUGGAACAACAAUUCAUAUUUUGCAUAAAAGUGUGGGCUGUAGCAUAGUCUACUUUAAAAUAGUUUAGAAUAUACAAUCAAUCUUGCAGAAUGCGCGGACAGGCAAUCGCUGCAGCAUGCAUGUUUAGUCAAAACAUGAUUUAGUUUGAAAAUAUUAAAACAUUCUGCCCACACCUUUGCAAUUGCAAUUGCUCUUUCUUUUAGAAACUGCCGUGGCCUAAUUCCAAAUAGUUCCAAAUUAUACAGCAAAUAAAGUGCAUUAUUGUCACCAUAAAAGGUGAAUGGAGGGUGUUUCCAGGGGGAGUUUUAAUGCUCGUUCACGUGCGCACAGUUUUACGACAGGUCUGAUUUUGUGCCAAGUUGAUACAUUUCUAUAUUUUUGUACAUGCACAGACUUUUCAGAAAUGGUGCACACAGAAAUGUUGUGUGAAAUUUACACAACUGUUAUAAAUGAGGCCCCUGAUGAUUGGCACAAUUAUCAUACACUGUUCAUAUGAGCCCUUGGACACUCCAAUCAGGUGAGGACAAAGUCAAUGAUUGGCAAGGGCGUUACUGUACUGACAAUGAAGAAGGCUUCCAUCACAACAUGUUACGUUUCUGUGCCCUGAGGUGAGACAUGCUUUUCUUUUUGUGUUCAAGAGUAAUCGGAGAUGGAGAGAGGUGGACAGGAAUAUCUUUAGGCAGGAACAAGCAACAGCUCCAUGGAAAGAAACACCCAUUACAAUUCUAUCCUGGACAGAAACAAGCGUAUCGCAUGGCAAGAGGACUGCUAUGUUGACCUCCAGUCUACCCCCAGCUCAGCUUCCACCAAGGGAGAGAUGGAAGGUAAAAGCCAUUGCUGUUGUUUCCAUUAUGAGCUGCACUUAAUGUCCUUCAUUGAUAAUUUCCUCAAUCAAUGAAAGAACUGUACAUGAAAGCUGCCUUGGACAAGUUGACAACAACUGGAUGCAUCCGGUUUUCAGGGAUACAGCUAAUUCAACCUAGCUUCCUUUACCCCUGAAACCGGAUGUAGGAACUAUGCUCAGGCGUCUUCUUACACCUGCUACGUUAGGUUAAGUUGUACCAGACAUCUGACAUAAAAAACAUCUAUUUUUUGCCCGUCAGCAAUGCUAGACCAAAUUCUAACAGAAGAUACGUACACAUAACUUGAAGAAUUCACACCAAUCCAACAUUAACAUAAAUGUAUGAUUUACUCGAAGUCAAAAGUGCAAAUUGUACAUACAGAGUUCUAAUCAGAAUUCAGAGCUCUGUAUAUGAUGUACAUUGAUUUUCCCUUAUCCUGUUGGUCUCUCUUGUCUCUUGUGGCCCAGAUGUGGGCUGGAUCCAGAAACACCAGGGGCAGCUGCAGCGCUUCAUUACCACUCCCCUCCUGGAGGGGGCGCUGUCCCACAUGAAGAAGCUGGAGCUGUUGAGCCAGGGGGAGGAGGCCCAGGUACAGGCUGGGGGGCAGCUGCAGGACCGGGUGGGCACCCUCACCUCCAUCCUGGCCAGCAUGGAGCCCCAGGGCUCCGACGCUCUCCAGGCCUUCAUUGAGAACUCUGACUCCCAGGUGUACCGGCUCAUCACGAUGCACGGUGAGGAGGAGGAGCCUAUUGGUUGACAUCUAGUUUAUAGGCUAGAGUGUGUUGUGUGUAGGAUUGUCAUCUGCCUUCUGCAAGUAGUUCAGAUCCACAUAGUGAUAAAGCUAUCUAUUGUUGGUAAUUGUAUAGGUAUACACCUUCCCCUCUCUGAAACUACUGUAAGCUAUCAUUGUCUGUGAUUUGAUUAUCCUCUCUCUGCAGACCCCAUGGUUCAGGAGCACAAGGAGGCUCUUCUGUUGCAGUAUCCCACACCAAGUGACAGCCUCUCCUCUGGCCCCUCCAGCCCAGAAUUCUCCUCCUCCAGAGUAUUGCUCCUGGUCGACGGCCUCUCAGACCUCCAGCAGAAGGAGCACGACCUCAUGCAGGUAGAGGCCACCCGUGGGGCGCGGAGACACCACGUCAGACAGCUGGCCCUGGCCAAACUCCUGGAGCCCCUCACCCGGGUCAGCCUGCCCCCCAGGGUCUCCCUCACCGUGGGAGUGGCCGGCAUCGGCAAGAGCACCCUUGUGGGACAUUUUGUACGCCUUUGGAGCCGAGGCGAGAUCUGCACGGACGUGAGUUUUGUCUUGCCCUUUGCCUUCUGGGAGCUGAACACUGGGGAGAAGCUGUCGGCCGAAAGGCUGGUGAAGCUGGCCUUCCCUCACAUGACGGACCCCAGCCUGGUGCUGAGUGGCACAUGUCGGACAUUGCUGAUCUUCGACGGUCUGGACGAGUUCCGUUGUCCUCUGGACUUCUCGGAGGCUGCGCCUUGCACCGACCCCAAGAAGGAGGUGUCGGUGGACGACUUGGUCACCAACAUCAUCCGGGGAAACCUGCUCCCUGAAGCAGCGGUGUGGGUGACCUCCAGGCCGGCGGUGGCCUCGUUGAUUCCUGGGGGACUAGUGGACAGGGUGACCGAGAUCCCCGGAUUCAGCCCGAAGGAAAUCCGGCUGUUCCUGAGCCACAACUUCCCUAAGGGAGAUACUGCCAGUCAGAUAUGGACUCACUUGGAGUCCAACAAGAUCUUAAUGGUGAUGUCUUACAUGCCUUGCAUUUGCUGGAUAGUGGCGGUUACCUUUGGGUACCUAUUGGAGAGUGGCUGGCAGGAGGGCCUUCCCAGGACCUGCACUGAGCUCUAUUCCCACUUCUGCGCUAUGAGAGCCGAAGCAGGCGAGCCCAGAGGCAGAGAGCCUAUCAAGAUGGACCAGCUUAACGGGAACAACCGCAAGCUGCUGGGAAGUCUGGGCCGACUGGCCUUCUACGGACUUCUGAAGCACAAAUACACCUUCAGUGAGCAGGACAUGAGGGCCUAUGGAGUAGACCUUCCAUCCACCCAGGGUGGCCUCGGAACUGGAGUACUGAUCCGCGAGGAUUCCCCGAAUUGUGUGGCCUACCGCUUCACCCACCUGACUGUGCAAGAGUUCUUAGCAGCCACAUACUACCACAUCUGCUCCAAACGUGCCAUCUUUGACCUGUUCACCGAGAGCGCCAUGUCCUGGCCCAAGAUCGGCUUCCAGAACCACUUCAGGAGUGCCCUGCAGCGGUCCCAGCAGGCGGAGGAUGGUCACCUGGACGUGUUUGUGCGGUUCCUGGCAGGGUUGCUGUGUCCAGCGGCAGUGCGGCCGCUGGCAGGCCUGCUGGCCCAGGGGAAGGACGAUGGGGGCCAAAGGGUUUGGGCGGCGGGGCUGCUGCAGGACCUCCUGGGCAGCGGGGGUGCUGUGGUGUCACUGCGCUCAGUGAACGUGGCCUACUGCCUGCAGGAGCUGCAGCACACAGAGGUGCUACGCAGCGUGGAGGAGGACCUGCGCUGUGGCGGCCUGGGAGGGAAGCUAACACGAACACACCGCACAGCGCUGGCCUACCUGCUACAGGUGUCUCCAGAGUGCAGUGAGGAGACCAACCUGUCGGCAUGUCUGGACUACUCCACUGUCAAAAGCCUGCUGCCUCAGCUGCUCUACUGCAGCCAUCUCAGGUUAGUUAGAGCAGACCCUAUCUCAGGUCACUGUCAUACCCUCCCUGUCUAAUGGUGUCUCCUCCCCAUCUAAUAAAAACCCUUCCACAUUUUAGCUAAGAUCCUCCACAUCUCAUAUAAGCUCCUCCCCAUCUCAGAUAACCCCCUCCUCAUCUCAACAAAGCCCCUCCCCAUCCCAGAAAAGACCCUCCUUCACUCCAAAGUGCAACCAUUUCAGAUAAGGGGAAUUAAAAGGGGGGGAAUGUGGGGACAUAGUAAAAGAGUUAAGGUCAGAGGCAGAACCUGCCAUAUGUUGGGACAUUUAUGGCUAAACUUGAAAUAUAAUUUCCAAAUCCCUAUGACAGAGUAUAGACGUUUAUAAUACUAAGGAUGCUAUAUCUUAACAUUUUGCAGAUUGGAAAAUAACCAUUUUAAAGAUGAUGUCAUGGAACUGCUGGGAAGCUUACUGAGUGCGAAGGACUGCCACCUUCAGAAGAUAAGGUCAGGAGCCAUUAAUUUCUUUGCGACAGGGAUUCUAUAAAAUGACUAGAACCCCUCACUAUGUGUGGGGGAAAAAUAGCCGAAACUAAGCAGCCUACAUCCUAUAAGUAGCCUCUCUUAAGGACAUGCAGGUGUUCAAUUUUCAGUCAUUGUCUUGCCUUGUUUCUGUACUUUAGUGUACGGGGAACUCGUCCAUGGUCCAAUCAGGUGCAGAGGACUGUCAAUGAGUCUCCUCAAGUACUUGUGAUUGGACUCAAAUUGAUUGUUGUCACCCGACUGCGACCCAAUUGUGUGAUCUGUUAUCAGGGUUAAACAAAUUACAUUGCUACUUCUUUCAUUAACCAGUUUAGACCCCUGGGACCUCAGGUCCUUCACAUCUAUUCUGGUAAUGCUUAAUUUCAAGGAGAUUACAUAAUGUUUACACAACCAUUAAAUAAUGUCGUCAGACAUUUAGCAUUGGGGACAUUUCAGCUCUCAUUCAGGUUCAUUGCUAUGCUUUUAUUACGAUUGAAAAUGUUCUUUACAGUGAGAUAAUACUGUUCAUGAUAUUCACUGAGGUCAUACAUGCAAAUUGGUAUGCCCAGUAUUGCAUAAUGAUGUAGUAAAUGUAAAUGUAGUAUGAUGGUCUUUCUUAUGUAACUUCUCUUAUAUUCAGUCUGGCAGAGAAUGCUAUCAGCAACAAAGGGGCCAAGGCCCUGAGUCGAGCACUGCUGGUUAACCGGACACUGAUUACGCUUGAGUGAGUGAGAUCAAUUUGUGUCUGAUUACAUCCAAAUUAAUGGCAGAUGUUUGUUUGUUCAUGACAAUGUUCCAGUCACUUUAACAGUAAUCUGAGAACAUCUUCUGAGCAAGAAACCCGCCCCACCUGUUGGUUAUAUAAUAAGUGUGAAAGUGGUACCGAAAGUUUAAUUUCACAAAGUUCUCCUUUGGUUAAGCAUAAGUUGUUUGUGGCUUAGUCUCCGUAGCAACAACAUUGGAUCUAAAGGCGCCAAGUUUCUAGCAGAAGCCCUCAAAAUGAAUCAGGUCCUGGUGUCCAUCAAGUGAGUAACUACAAUGGCUAGUGAAAGUCUUUACACCCCUUGCACAGUUGUCACAUUUGGUGUCUUAAAUUUAAAUCUAAAAAGGAUUACAUUCCAUUUUUCUUCCAACAGAUCUACAUAAACUACUUAAGAGUUUUCAAAAUGUAAGAAAAAUUAUAGACAUUUGCAGGAAUUAAUAAAACAUAUAUAAAUUAUAUACGAAUUUGAUUGCGUAAUUCUUCACACCCCUUGCUGUGGCACAUCUUAACAAGUUCAUGAUUUAAGAACAACUUCUGCUGUCUCUGUAAGGUCCCUCAGUUGGAUAGUGAAUUUCAAACAAUGAUUCAACCUCAGAGCUGAAAAUGAGCUUAGUGAUACAUUUUUAGACAGGCACAUAUCAGGGGAGGUUACGAAAUAAUUACAAGACACUGAAUAUCCUUUUGAGUAUGGUCAAGUACGGUAUAAAUUGUGGAUGGUGUAUCAUAUCACCCUGGUACUGUGAGAAUCUGGCUGUCCUUCCUAAGAGAAUGGAAACUGCUCAUGGAUGUCACUAUAAGGCCAAAGAUUAUUUUAAAACAGCCACAAAGUUAAUUGGCUAAGCUGAUAAAAAAACUGUGCAUAGAUCAACAACACUGAAUUCACUCCACAUUACUGGCCUAUAUGACAGAGUGAAACGAAGGAAACCUAUGCAAAAAAAUCCAUUCCAAGUCAUCCCUCUUGUUUGCAACAAGGCCCUUAAGUGGGGGCGGCAGGUAGCUUAAGUGGGGGCGGCAGGUAGCUUAGUGGGUAAGAGCGUUGUGCCAGUAACCGAAAGGUCGCUGGUUCUAAUCCCCGAGCCGACUAGGCGAAAAAUCUGUCGUUGUGAUCUUGAGCAAGGCACUUAACCCUAAUUGCUCCUGUAAGUCGCUCUGGAUAAGAGCGUCUGCUAAAUGACUAAAAAAAAAAAAAAAAAAGUAAUACUUCAAGACAACAUGGCAAAGAAUUGGAUGUAAGGUUUGGGGCAAAUCCAACACAUCACAGAGUAAACCCUCUACAUUUUAAAGAAAUGUUGUGUCAGUGUCAUGGUAUAGGUAUGCUUGUCCUGGCAGGGACUGCAGAGUUUGGUCAGGACCAAAAUAAAUAUAAAACUGGCAAAGCCCAGGGAAGAAUGUGGAGGAAAACCUACCUCAGUCUUUUGAAGACCUAACACUGGGAUAGUUAAAUUUUACAGUGGGAAAAUUAAACACAUUUUAAGACUAAAGACACACCAGAAUGGGUUUCCAAGAGGUGUUGAGUGGUCCAGUCUUGGUGCUGACAUAAAUCUGUUUAAGAAAAAUCUGAGAUCAUUAAGACUUGAAUAUUGCUGUCCAUCAAUGAUCCCCAACCAAAUUAACGGAGCUUGAGCAGUUUUGCCAAAACAAUGGAUUUAUGUUCUUAUUCAACAUGAUUCACAGCUGUAAUUGCUGCCAAAAAGGUGCUUCAAACAAGUAUUAACUCUGGGAUUUAAGACAUAUGCAAGUAAGACAUCUUUGUUUUUUAUUAAUUUUAGAACAUUUCUAUAUUUUUUCUCUCACUUUGAAAAUGUGUAGUAGGUUGUGUAGAUCAGUAGAAACGAAAUCAAAUGUAAUCCCUUUUCAGAUUUAAAAAUAAGGCAGCAAAAUGUGCAAAGUGUGUGAAGACUUUCAUUAGGCACUGUAUAUGAUUUUCGACUCUGACAUUUACUCUCAACAGUUACUGCCAUUUAUUAUUUUUACCAAUGCCUGUGAAAUAUGAAAUAUAAUUUUGGUUUGUGUUUUCAUUUUCUCCCGGCUCUGCAGUUUCCAAAAUAAUCGCAUUGAGGAGGAGGGUGCUCAUGCCCUGGCUGAGGUGCUGCUGUCCAACCGCAAGCUUGUCUCGCUGAAGUGAGUCCUACCGACCAUCCGUGUGUGUGUGUGUGUUUAUAAGUGAACGGUCAACUUAUCGAGGUCAGCAAGUGAGCAUGGGUCUUGUGGCUGUGUGUGUGUGUGCGCGCACGCUGAAACAUGUCAACAUUGUGUUCCCAGUGUACAGAAGAAUUGUAUUGGAGCAGAUGGAGCCAAGAGGAUUGCAGAAGCGCUAAAGACAAACCGGACACUUACAGAACUGAUGUAAGGACGUUUGGGUCAUCAUUAUCGGAGAUGUCUAUCUAUACAAGAUGUCUAUCUAAACAUUCUAUGAAAUAUAUGUCACCGAAACGUCUUGAAACAGAUUGAUUGUCAGGCCGUCUAGGAGCAUAAGACAAUCAAUGUCAUGUUCCAUCAUAUAGUAGACUAUUGACUGCUAUAGAACUGUUCAAUAUGUCAGAAUCGAGUGACCCAUAUUCUCAGAGCGGGAAAGCAAUGGUCACAAUGUAAAUUGUGAAAUUAAAGCUGGGACUCUCAAACAGGUGUGCAGGAUUAAUAUGAAUAUGAAUGGAGAAGGCCUGACAUGUAGUAAAACUUCUAUCAAUAUCCUGUCUUUAUCCUUCAUUUAUUCAACAAAACAAUGUUGGAUUUGAAAGAAAACAGAAAGUCGAUUUUCAUAUCAAUUUUUUACGUGCUCUCCAUGGUGCAAGUUUUUUAGCUUAGGGUACCCUGGAAACCUGGUUACCACUGACUACCAGUAUUGACAGAAUAGGGCCCAGAAUAAUGCACAAUUGCUGCUUUCUGAAAUGUGUUUUCUGUUUCUCUGUGUGUCUGCAGUCUGAGCAGUAACCAGCUUGGGGAUAAAGGCACUGCAGCCCUGGCCCAGGCCCUGACAGUCAACCACAGCCUCCUCUCGCUGCAGUCAGUGUCCUGCCCUCACUACAUGACAUGACAUUACCUGACAUGACAUUACCACAAUGCAGCUCCUCCACUUGACAUAAACUUUAAAUGUUUCAUAUUCCCCUUACACUCAAGCACAAAUACAUUCACAAACACACAUUUGACCUAGAUGACAUAAACCAUCUGUUUGUUAUCUAACAUGGUUUGAAGCAGUGGCAGUUGUCAUAGCGACAUUGUUUUCUGUCACAUUUUCCUCAUGCUGGUUCAAUCAUGAUUAACUUACUGCAGGCCUGGCGUCAGGUUAAAGUGACUAAGGGGGCAUUUUUAUUUUUAUUAUGAUGAUAUAGGCAACAAGAUAGGGUAAUUCACCUAUUAUAAACAGCCUAUGUGCCAUGCACAGCUGUCAUGCCAAAUAGAUUGGCCUAUAGGCCUGCUUCAAACAUGGAAAAGCAUGCGGCUCAUGAGUUCAGCAACACACUGUGAUAUGGCACCAUACACUUCUGUGAAUCAAAUUCGACCCAUGUAAUAAGUUAAGCAAUGCCAGCCUGCCACAAACACGUUUCCAAUACGUACAGUUCCAUUUACAACCACAAAAAGCAAUAGGCUACCAAGAACUCCAUAGAAAUAGAAUGAAAUAGAAGAACCGAUCGGUAGGUUCUAAGGGUAAAUGAAUCCUUCUAUGUCCAUUUUCAGCCUGCAGAGUAACUCCAUCAGUAACAAAGGGAUGACUGCGUUAACCAAGGCUCUGCGGUUGAACCGUGGACUCAUCUCUCUGAAGUGAGUACUGGAGCUAAUGCAAAUGCUGCUCACUUCAAUGAAGUCAUAAUGAGUAUAAUGACUGAGGAAACAUUAAGUGAUUAAUGUAUGUCAUUAUGACUUCCUUCAACUAUGAUUGCUCAGCUUAUCAUGUCUCUCCCUAAACACCAGUGCUGCUGCUGCACAUGUCAUCUGCACAUCUGUCUCCCAGGCACUUUAAAUGGGUCAAUUUUCAUCACUGAUUGCCCAGAGGAUGCACUGCACACAUUCAGCCAAAUCUGAAUCAGUCGCUGAUUAGAAUGGAAAUGUUCUGAAAUCCGUAAAGGGGGAAACAUCACCACUGUUCGCCCCCCCAGCACCUUUAUUGUUUUUGUUUUGUUGAUUAAACAGGGGAGAGGAGCAUCCAGCAUCGUUGUAAAAAAACAAGUUGCACUACAUUCUGCUGUUCUAUUGCACGUGCAAUGAUGUCAGAGGGGGAAAAAAACUGUGUUCGUUGUUUGAAGUAACUUUUUGUUGUUGUUGUAAUAUCGCAAACGGACGUGGCAGUUUCAUGAACUAUGGAUUUCAGCUUUAAAAACCUGUCUAAACCUGUCAUAAUCUCAGUCUGAGUGUUGUAAGAAGAAACCUCCUUGUUUUCCUCAGUGUUCAACGUUUUAUACCAUUUUAUACCUAUGCAGAGCCUGUCAUAUCAUCUUCAGAAGGACACUAGCUGUUUCAGGGCUCUGCCUUUGUCAUAACUCUGUUUCAUUCCCCUCUCCCUGCUAGUCUGCGCGAGAACUCGAUCGGGGUGGAGGGGGCGAAGGACAUGGCCAGGGCACUGCAGGAGAACAGCUCUCUCCGGCACCUGGAGUGAGUCACAACACCACCUGUCAGUAAAGUCUCCUCUGCCAUUCGGUGGCACAGAAAUGCCUAGCUGUCAGGAAAUGUCUUUACCCCAGGGUGUGCUAUAGUGAGGCGUCUGGGGUCUGUAUUAACAGUAGGAGCACUGAGAAGUUGGCUAUUUUGAGCUGGGGUCAUUCAGAAUUGAUGAAGGUUUCUCUCGCUUUCUUUCUCUGUUUUUAUUUGAUUCUCACCGAUGCUCUUGCAUUCAUUAUCUCUGUGUGUGUCUUAGUCUUACAGCCAACUUGCUGCACGACGAGGGGGUGAAAGCCAUAGCUGGAGCUGUAAAGGUCAACCGAGCGCUUACUUCUUUACAGUAAGUCAGUCAGAUCUGUGCACACACACACACACACACACACACACACACAUACACACAUACACACAUACACACACAUACAUACACACACACACACUGUGGCAAAGUGAGGGGAAUGCCUGCUGAGAUUGAACCACCCUAAUUGCUGGCUGCAGCAGCAACCCACACCUUGGUGGAGAAUGCGGGCAACACACACACAUUUAAAUGCACCUAAAUAUCCCUCUCUGUCUACCAGUCUCCAGUGGAAUUUCAUCAAGUGCACAGCCACUAAAUCCUUGGCCCAUGCUCUACUCACCAACUCCACCAUGCAGCUACUAGAGUAAGCACUGAACUACAGUUCAUUCUACCUAUGGCUCUCUAUUUAGACUAAACAGUACCAUUCCCAAGUCUGGAAAUCAAAGAACAGUUAAAUGUCAUUGAUUGACUUUGGAGACUGAUUUUGCUCUGUGUGUGUGUGUGUGUGUGUGUGUGUGUGUGUGUGUGUGUGUGUGUGUGUGUGUGUGUGUGUGUGUGUGUGUGUGUGUGUGUGUGUGUGUGUGUGUGUGUGUGUGUGUGUGUGGUGUGUGUGUGUGUGUGUGUGUGUGUGUGUGUGGGGGUGUGUGUGUGUGGGUGUGUGUGUGUGGGUGUGUGUGUGUAUAGUCUACAGGAGAAUGCCAUUGGGGAUGAAGGAGUUGUAGCUCUGGCAGGAGCCCUGAAGACCAAUGCGUCUCUCUGUACUUUGUGGUUAGUGCCCCAUAGCUCUAUUCAAUACUGAUCUAAUAGCUUUGUUGCCUUUAUUUCUGCCAGAUUGUAAAUGCUACUGAUGGAGGAGAAUGAGUGUGUGUGUAUGGUCACGUGUGUUCUCUCUACAGUCUCCAGGGUGUAUCAGCAGGCAGGAGUGGUGCCAUCUCAAUGGCCGAGGCUCUAAUGGUCAACAAAACCCUGCACACUCUGGAGUGAGUUUUCUAUUUGAUUUAACCUCUCGCUCUCUCUUUAUUUGUAAUGUGUCCUUGUGGCAUAAUACCAACAAAUUGACUCUCUCAUUCUCUUGACCCGCUGCAUUUGCUAGAAAUUGUUCACUCUGUCACACUUUCCCUCCCAAUUUCUCACUCUUUGUUGGUUGUUUUUGACAGCCACUGUUGGCACAUUCUCGUGACCGCUUUGUUCCUGACAUUUUCAAUCUCUUCUUCCCAGCUUUUUGUCCCCACACAGUCCAAUAUAGGCUCAUAGUAAUGAAUGAAAUGGAACAAAUUAAAUGGUAUUAAACACAUGGAAAUCCUACAUUUACCGUUCCAUGUAUUCCAUUCUAGCCAUUACUAUGAGCCUGCCCUCUGACUUCACCAGCCUCCAAUGGUCCAUAUAGAGACUUUGUGUUAUUUGUAUCCUUUCUGUCAUGUUCUCUUUUGUGUUCCAGCCUACGAGGGAACUCCAUAGGGAUGGAGGGAGCCAAGGCUUUGGCUAAUGCACUGAAGACAAACAGAACACUCAAAUCAUUAAAGUGAGUCCUCUUGGUCCAGUGUGUCCUUGUCAUUUCACAGAGGUCAUCAUAAAGAAGCAUGUAUGAACAUUAGCAAGAAUACCAAUUGACAACAAUACCAAUAGCACACUAGCAAUUGUAUUCCCACUUACACAUUUCUACAAUAGCAUUUAUCUUUUUAAGAUUAUUAACUACGUGACAAGUCAAAUUAUUUUCUUUAGGACUGUAACCAAGGCAUUUCUGUUUUGCAUCAUUUUAACAUCAAACAUGUUUGGCCACAAGCACAGAGGAAACCACAGGGAUUAACAACUCCACUCCCCAGGGGCUGUGUUGUCAUUAGCAACCAUAGAUCUGGAACAAAACAUUAGUGGUUUUAAACAUAUGAACUAUAGUGGGCUAGUGUUACCAUGGCAAUCUGUUUUACAAAGUAAUACAUUUCACAAUGGAUAUAACAGCAAUUUCCUACUACAGUGCCUUCAGAAAGUAUUCAUACCCCUUGACAUGUUCCACAUUUUGUUGCGUUACAGCCUGAAUUCAAAUGGAUUCAAAUUUAUUUUUCUCUCACCCAUCGACACACAAUACCCCAUAAAGAGAAAGUGAAAACUUGCUUUUAUUAAUAUUUGCUAAUUUAUUGAAAAUGAAAUACAGAAAUAUCUCAUUUACAUAAGUAUUAACACCCCUGUUAGAAUCACCUUUGGCAGCGAUUACAGCUGUGAGUCUUUCUGGGUAAGUCUCUAAGAGCUUUGCACACCUGGAUUGUACAAUAUUUGCAAAUUACUCUUUUUAAAAUGUGUCAAGCUCUGUCAAGUUGGUUGUUGAUCAUUGCUAGACAACCAUUUUGAAAUAUUGCCAUAGAUUUUCAAGCCGAUUUAAGUCAAAACUGUAACUAGGCCACUCAGGAAUAUUUAAUGACGUCUUGGUAAACAACUCCAGUGUAUAUUUGGCCUUGUGUUUUAGGUUAUUGUCCUGCUGAAAGGUGAAUGUGUCUCCCAGUGUCUGUUGGAAAGCAGGCUGAACCAGGUUUUCCUCUAGGAUUUUGCCUGUGCUUAGCUCUAUUCCGUUUAUUUAUUUUUACUAUUUAAACUCCUUAGUCCUUGCCGAUGACAAGUAUACCAAUAACAUGAUAAAGCCACCAUGCUUGAAAAUAUGAAGAGUGGUACUCAGUAAUGUGUUGGAUUUUCCCCAAACAUAACACUUUGUAUUCAGGACACAAAGUUAAUUUCUUUGCCAGUUUUACUUUAGUGCUUUAUUGCAAACAGGAUGCAUAGUUUGGGAAUAUUUUUUAUUCUGUACAGGCUUCCUUCUUUUCACUAUGUCAUUUAGGUUAGUAUUGUGGAGUAACUACAAUGUUGUUGAUCCAGCCUCAGUUUUCUCCUAUCACAGCCAUUAAACUGUAACUGUUUUAAAGUCACCAUUGGCCUCAUGGUGAAAUCCCUGAGCGGUUUCCUUCCUCUCCGGCAACUGAGUUAGGAAGGACACCUGUAUCUUUGUAGUGGCUGGAUGUAUUGAUACACCAUCCAAUGUGUAAUUAAUAACUUCACCAUGCUCAAAGGCUAUUCAAAGGCUAUUCAAUGUCUGCUUUUUUUUUUACCCAUCUACCAAUAGGUGCCGUUCUUUGCGAGGCAUUGGAAAACCUCCCUGGUCUUUGUGGUUGAAUCUGUGUUUGAAAUUCACUGCUCGACUGAGGGACCUUACAGAUAAUUGUAUGUGUGGGCUACAGAGAUUAGGUAGUCAUUCAAAAAUCAUGUUAAACCCUAUUCUUGCAACUUAUUAUGUGACUUGUUAUGCACAUUUUUACUCUUGAACUUAUUUAAUCUUGCCUUAACAAAAGGGUUAAAUACUUACUGACUCAAGACAUUUCAGCUUUUCAUUUUUAAUUAAUUUCUAAAAAAAUUGAAAAACAUAAUUCCACUUUGACAUUAUGGGGUAUUGUGUGUAGGCCAGUGACACAAAAUAUUUUAAUUUAAUCAAUUUUAAAUUCAGGCUGUAACACAACAAAAUGUGAAAAACGUCAAGGGGUGUGAAAACUGUCUGAAGGCACUGUAUUUAUGUACCUGUCUUUGAUUGUGCUGGUUGUAAUUCUACCCAUUUAUAAAGCUUUAGUAGCCUGAAAUGUAUCAGUAAGUGAUAUUAGUCAUACUUCAUCUCUCUGGCUUCCAGUGGACUCUAUACUAAGAACAUAUUUCACACUGAUAUGCACUCCCCUAUGUAUUUAUUUGGACAGUGAAGCUAAAACUUUUCAUUUGGCUCUAUACUCCAGCAUUUUGGAUUUGAGAUUUUUAAAAAUUAUGAGGCGACAGUACAGAAAGCCACCUUUUAUUUGAGGGUAUCUUCAUACAUACACUACCGGUCAAACGUUUUAGAACACCUACUCAUUCAAGAAAUCAGAACUAUGAAAUAACACAUAUGGAAUCAUGUAGUGACCAAAAAAGUGUUAAACAAAUCAAAAUAUAUUUUAUAUUUGAGAUUCUUCAAAUAGCCACCCUUUGCCUUGAUGACAGCUUUGCACACUCUUGGCAUUCUCUCAACCAGCUUCACCUGGAAUGCUUUUACAACAGUCUUGAAGGAGUUCCCACAUAUGCUGAGCACUUGUUGGCUGCUUUUCCUUCACUCUGCAGUCCGACUCAUCCCAAACCAUCUCAAUUUGGUUGAGGUCGGGGGAUUGUGGAGGACAGGUCAUCUGAUGCAGCACUCCAUCACUCUCUUUCUUUGUAAAACUAAGCCUAAACCAGAUGGGAUGGCGUAUCGCUGCAGAAUGCUGUGGUAGUCAUGCUGGUUAAGUGUGCCUUGAAUUCUAAAUAAAUCACAGACAGUGUCACCAGCAAAGCACCCCCACACCAUAACACCUCCUCCUCCAUGCUUUACGGUGGGAAAUACACAUGCAGAGGUCAUCCGUUCACCCACACCGCAUCUCACAAAGACAAGGCGGUUGGAACCAAAAAUCUCCAAUUUGGACUCCAGACCAAAGGACAGAUUUCCACCGGUCUAAUGUCCAUUGCUCGUGUUUCUUGGCCCAAGCAUGUCUCUUCUUCUUAUUGGUGUCCUUUAGUAGUGGUUUCUUUGCAGGAAUUUGACCAUUAAGGCCUGAUUCACACGGUCUUCUCUGAACAGUUGAUGUUGAGAGGUGUCUGUUACCUGAACUCUGUGAAGCAUUUAUUUGGGCUGCAAUUUCUGAGGCUGGUAACUCUAAUGAACUUAUCCUCUGCAGCAGAGGUAACUCUGGGUCUUCCUUUCCUGUGGCGGUGCUCAUGAGAGCCAGUUUCAUCAUAGUGCUUGAUGGUUUUUGCGACUGUACUUGAAGAAACUUUCAGUUCUUGAAAUGUUCUGUAUUGACUGACCUUCAUGUCUUAAAGUAAUGAUGGACUGUCGUUUCUCUUUGCUUAUUUGAGCUGUUCUUGCCUUAAUAUGGACUUGGUCUUUUGCAAUAAUAUGGACUUGGUCUUUUACCAAAUAGGGCUAUCUUCUGUAUACCUUGUCACAACACAACUGAUUGGCUCAAACGCAUUAAGAAGGAAAGAAAUUCCACAAAUUAACUUUUAAGAAGGCACACCUGUUAAUUGAAAUGCAUUCCAGGUGACUACCUCAUGAAGCUGGUUGAGAGAAUGCCAAGAGUGUGCAACACUGUCAUCAAGGCAAAAGCUAUUUGAAGAAUAUCAAAUAUCAAAUAUAUUUUGUUUUGUUUAACACUUUUUUGGUUACUACAUGAUUCCAUAUGUGUUAUUUCAUAGUUUUGAUGUCUUCACUAUUAUUCUACAAUGUAGAAAAUAGUAAAAAAAUAAACAAAAACCCUUGAAUGAGUAUGAGUUCUUAAACCUUUAACCGGUAGUGUAUGUUUUACUGUUUAGAAAUGAAUGCACUUUAUAUAUCAAAUCAAAUCAAAUCAAAUCAAAUUUUAUUGGUCACAUGCGCCGAAUACAACAGGUGCAGACAUUACAGUGAAAUGCUUACUUACAGCCCUUAACCAACAGUGCAUUUAUUUUAAACAAAAAAGUAAGAAUAAAACAACAACAAAAAAGUGUUGAGAAAAAAAAGAGCAGAAGUAAAAAAUAAAGUGACAGUAGGGAGGCUAUAUAUACAAUAGAAUAAAGUGACAGUAGGGAGGCUAUAUAUACAGGGGGGUACCGUUGCAUAGUCAAUGUGCGGGGGCACCGGCUAGUUGAGGUAAUAUGUACAUGUGGGUAGAGUUAAAGUGACUAUGCAUAAAUACUUAACAGAGUAGCAGCAGCGUAAAAAGGAUGGGGUGGGGGGGCAGUGCAAAUAGUCCGGGUAGCCAUGAUUAGCUGUUCAGGAGUCUUAUGGCUUGGGGGUAGAAGCUGUUGAGAAGUCUUUUGGACCUAGACUUGGCACUCCGGUACCGCUUGCCGUGCGGUAGCAGAGAGAACAGUCUAUGACUAGGGUGACUGGAGUCUUUGACAAUUUUGAGGGCCUUCCUCUGACACCGCCUGGUAUAGAGGUCCUGGAUGGCAGGGAGCUUUGCCCCAGUGAUGUACUGGGCCGUACGCACUACCCUCUGUAGUGCCUUGCGGUCAGAGGCCAAGCAGUUGCCAUACCAGGCGGUGAUGCAACCAGUCAGGAUGCUCUCGAUGGUGCAGCUGUAGAAUUUUUUGAGGAUCUGAGGACCCAUGCCAAAUCUUUUUAGUCUCCUGAGGGGGAAUAGGCUUUGUCGUGCCCUCUUCACGACUGUCUUGGUGUGUUUGGACCAUGAUAGUUCGUUGGUGAUGUGGACACCAAGGAACUUGAAGCUCUCAACCUGUUCCACUACAGCCCCGUCGAUGAGAAUGGGGGCGUGCUCAGUCCUCUUUUUUUUCCUGUAGUCCACAAUCAUCUCCUUUGUCUUGGUCACGUUGAGGGAGAGGUUGUUGUCCUGGCACCACACGGCCAGAUCUCUGACCUCCUCCCUAUAGGCUGUCUCAUCGUUGUCGGUGAUCAGGCCUACCACUGUUGUGUCGUCGGCAAACUUAAUGAUGGUGUUGGAGUCGUGCCUGGCCAUGCAGUCAUGGGUGAACAGAGAGUACAGGAGGGGACUGAGCACGCACCCCUGAGGGGCCCCCCGUGUUGAGGAUCAGUGUGGCAGAUGUGUUGUUACCUACCCUUACCACCUGGGGGCGGCCCGUCAGGAAGUCCAGGAUCCAGUUGCAGAGGGAGGUGUUUAGUCCCAGGAUCCUUAGCUUAGUGAUGAGCUUUGAGGGCACUAUGGUGUUGAAUGCUGAGCUGUAGUCAAUGAAUAGCAUUCUCACGUAGGUGUUCCUCUUGUCCAGGUGGGAAAGGGCAGUGUGGAGUGCGAUAGAGAUUGCAUCAUCUGUGGAUCUGUUGGGGCGGUAUGCAAAUUGGAGUGGGUCUAGGGUUUCUGGGAUUAUGCUGUUGAUGUGAGCCAUGACCAGUCUUUCAAAGCACUUCAUGGCUACAGACGUCAGUGCCACGGGUCGGUAGUCAUUUAGGCAGGUUAUCUUAGAGUUCUUGGUUAUCUAGUCCUCCCUCCCCAGGUUAUCUAGUCCUCCCAUUUGAAGGUAGCAUAAGUAUUUGGAAAAAUGUACUUAUAGUGUAUUCAAUUCAGUCAAAAGUUUUAUAUUUGGUCCCAUAAUCCUAGCAUGCAGUGACUACAUCAAGCUUGUGACUCUACAAACUUGUUGGAUGCAUUUGCAGUUUGUUUUGUUUGUGUUUCAGAUGAUGUUGUGCCCAAUAGAAAUGAAUGGUACAUUUGUAUUAUUUUAUUGUAAAUAAGAAUAUAAUAUGUUUCUGAACAUAUUCUAUUCAAGUUUGUCGAGUCACAAGCUUGAUGUAGUCAUUGCAUGCUAAGAAUAUCGGACCAACUACUAAAUGUAAUACACUAUAAGUGAAUUGGUCCAAAUACUUAUGAUACCGUCAAAUGGGGGGACUACGUACAUAAAGUGCUUUCAUUUGUAAAUGGUAAAACAGGUAUGAAAUUACCCUCAAAUAAAAGGUGACAUUCUGUACUGUCGCCUCAUAUAAAACAUUUGAUCUAAUAAUAUAAUAAUAAUAUGCCAUUUAGCUCAAAUCCAAAUUGCUGGAGGAUAGAGCCAAAUUAAAACUUUUAGCUUCACUGUCCAAAUAAAUACGUAGAGGAAUGUAAAUAGUAAUUGUGUGUGGGUACAUUUCAUUUGUUGUGCUUAGUUCAUCUAAGUACUGAGUCAGAGGGAGAGCGAGAGCACAUGAAAGGCUUGAUUAGAAAGCAUUUGAUACAGACAUUCAAAUACAGACACAACCACGCACAUGUAUUCACAAGUUCAUACAGUUCCCUUAUUGAUAGCAAUUUCAGAGUGCUGCCACAAUACAUUACUUUCAAAUGGACUUGUUGUCUUGUUUUUGAGUGUUUUUUGUCUGGUUGUGCCUUAGACCUCAUGUUGGAUUCUACAUGAGCCUUUGAUGCAUGUAAUGUAUGUGCAGUCUGCAGGAGAACUCUCUGGGAAUGGAUGGAGCCAUAUUCAUCGCCACAGCCCUGAAAGGAAACCACCAGCUAACUUAUAUAAAGUGAGUGUAUCCUGCUGACUUUUCAUACAUGGUUUGGUGUGGACUGUAUAUUGUAUAUAAAAGGUAUGUAAAAGGGUUUGUGCAUGCGUGAGUGUGUACUCACUCAGGCAUUAAUGGAUGCUCCUCCACUCCUCCAGCUUGCAGGGGAACGGCAUCGGAGAGUCAGGAGCAAAGGUCAUCUCUGAUGCCAUCAGAACCAACUCUCCAGACUGUGUGGUGGAGAUCUGACCAGGAGGGACACAAGAGGUCAAAGGCCAUGGGUCACCAGGGGCUUAUUCAGGAGGGUUAAACAUUACAGUACAUUUUAGUCAUUUAGCA